CACCACCACAGGGCGGAGCUAAAACGAAAGCGUUCUGCAUUUCAAGCAAGGCAAGAUUCAGGUCUGCAAACGACAAGCGCCAUCUGUUUACCUUCACAUCCUCGCGCAACAGAAACGCCGAUCCACAGUGAAAUAUGGUGACAAAGCGAAUUAGAUCGGAAUACAUGAAGAGGUUUAAAGACCCAAAAUGGGACACUUACGCAAAAUGUUAUGAGGAUCUGCUGAAGUACAGACUGUCAAGACGAUUGUUGGAGCAGGCACACAACCCUUGGUUUUGGGGAGAAUGGGGAAGUGAAACAGGGUCCAGUGGUAAAUCUUCUCCUCUUAGUCGUAACAAAGUUGAACCUCAGGAUGAGAAACCAGCAGCUGAACCAGAACCCGAACCAGAACCCAUCCAGGACACAAUUACCCGAGAUGCCGAGCAGAAUAAUCAAGUUGUGGAAGAAGAGAAAAGCAGAGUAUGCUCUCCUGCUCUCAUCCCGGAAACUGAUACACGUACCAAAAACACACCAAAGCCCAAAUGCCUCUCCUCACAUAAAAGCACUAGAUCAAAGGUAAAGCCUCAUGCCAUCAAAGACACAGAUAAAGAGAAUCGUCAUCCUUUUGCACUGUAUGGUGCAGGAGAGAAGCAGACAGAUAUGGCCUCCAGGAAAACCCAUAAUGUUGGUCCUGAAGCCUCAACCGCAGAUAUUCAUGAGUCAGCGUUGCGAGCAAAAACAAGACGGGAGUUGGAAAAACAAAUGAGGAGAGUUGACAAGCAGAGAGCCAGAUCCGCUGACUUGGAAACCAGCAGAAAUAAGAUUGUCCCGGAUUACAACCCCUGGAUGACAGAAUACAUGAGCUGCUUCUCUGCUAGGUCUCGGUAGAACUGUUUUUUAAAAAAGCUUUAAGAAUGUCUGUAAAUAUCUAAACCACUCAGGCUUAAAAACCAGAAACAUUCCAUGUGAUGACUAGUGAAGAACACAUUUUAUCCAGCUCACUUUGCCGUCUUCCAAAAUGGGUCACAAUAAAUUCAACUCAAUUUUGUCACGUUUUUAAGGGUUUAUUUACACCAUGAAGAUGUUAUAUUUAUCAGUAGGCUACAUGUCAAACUUGACAUUACAGUCCAAUGAUGCUGCAGAGCAAACUGUCAAACAAUCACAUGCCUUGGUGCAUUUUUUUAUAUAUAGUUAAAGGGGUCAUAUGGCGCAAAUACGCGUUUUUCUGUGUCUUUUGGUGUGUUAUAAGUUGCCCAUGCAUGUAUAAGACACGUAAAAUUGCAAAAAUUAAAGUGUCGGAACAAAAGAUGCAUUCUAUCUAAAAGCGAAUGCUCACCCAGACCUGCCUGAAACGCCUCGUGUAACCACACCCCCACAAAUCUACAUCAGUUCGUGGUAUGAUUUGACUAAGACCGCCCAAAUGUAUACGCAAGUAAGGUGGGCGUACCUGUCAGUACAAUUGCUUUGGAACCUGAUGUUCCAAAUAUGGUAAGAGGCGUUACAUUUCCGUCACACACUUGCAGUAUUCGACCAAUCACAAUCAAUACGCACUGGUUAACUGGCCAAUCAUAGCACACCUCGCUUUUCAGAGUGAUGAGCUUUGUAAAAAAUCUGUGUUUCAGAGAGGCGGGGCAAAGAGGAGAUACAAACAUGCACGGUAUGUGGAAAAUACAGCAUUUUUGAACCUUAAAUCGUGUGUACACAUUGCAUUACACCUAAAACAAACAAAUAUAUUCGUUUUAGCCGUGUCAUAUGACCCUCAUAUGACCCCUUUAAUACUAAGAUUUGCACGCCAUGAGACAUGCCAUUGUCUCUUUAAACUCUUAAACUCUGUAGAUUGUCAGUAAUAAACAAUUACUUGAGUGUUACUUAAGUGCUAAAUGUUAUGUAUUAUGUUAACUGUUGUGGUGUAUUAAUAUUGAAGAUUCAUGCAAGUUAUCUAUUUUGUAUUCUUCUGAAGUCAUUUGCGCAAAUGUGAAUCUUUGUGAAGUGUAAAUAAGGUCCCCAUUAUUUAAGUAAGCUGCACAUUUGCACGCAGGCAGUUAUACUAAUGUUUGCUGAGAAAAUCGUGUUUAAGGGUAUCUGUAGAAAUUCUCACUUAUGUUCAUUUUUAAGCAUAUCGUACAUUUAGUGAUAUUUUUUUCUUUUGGUGGCAGUCAGGCAUUCAAUGCAUUAAUCAGGAAUAAUGAUAAAGAUGACAAUUAUUUAAACAGGUGUAUUACAUAUUUGGUUCGGUAUCUGUAAUUGAAGGAUACAUGUUUGUAUGAGCAAAUGUAAAGCCAUUUUGUACUACGCAUCUUCAUUGUCAAUUCUGGCACAUAAAACUCUGUAAGUAUGUUGUGAAUGGUGUUUACUGUAACAGUAAUGAUGCCACAAUACCACUAAUGAAUUAAGUUGACCGAUUUCCAUUUCACUGUCUGAUUUAUAAUCUGUGGUUGAGGUUGACAUAUGUCUGCCGGUAAAAUCCACAACACUUGAGACCAUUGAGAUGGGAAAUGUUUGACUAGUCGUAGUCCUCAUCUUUUUUAACAAGUUGUACUGUUUAAAGUUCAAUUUGUGAACUGGCUUAACCAACCAAAUAAAACAUGUUAUU